AUGAAGGAUUUAGGAGAGUUGAAAUACUUUCUUAGCAUUGAAUUUUCCAGGUCACAACAAGGUAUUCUGAUGCAUCAAAGGAAAUACACACUAGAGCUCAUCUCUGAGCUUAGACUGGGAGCUGCGAAGCCUGCAAUUACACAUAUUAAAGCUAAUGUCAAGCUCACUACUAAGGAAUAUGAUGAACACAUUGGUGUUCUUGAAGGCACAACAGAUGAAACCUUAACAGACCCCAGCAAGUACCAGAGGUUACUAGGAAAGCUACUCUACUUGACAGUCACACGACCAGAUAUAGCAUAUAGUGUUAAGACAUUGAGUCAGUUUUUGCAGAAGCCAAAAAGGUUUCAUAUGGAAGCUGCACAAAGAGUGGUCAGGUAUGUGAAAGGGCAGCCUGGACAAGGCAUACUGUUGUCUAGCAGAAAAAUGAACACUAUUACAGCAUACUGUGAUGCUGACUGGGCUGCCUGUCCUCUCACAAGGAAAUCAGUAUCUGGAUUCUUUGUCAAGUAUGCUGAAUCAUUAGUAUCUUGGAAGUCAAAGAAGCAACGCACUAUCUCCAGGAGUUCAGCAGAAUGA